AUGGCUUUUUCUCAAGACUCUUCUUUGACAGCUCUAUUAGUCUUUGAGAACACCAUCAAUAAAGAAUUGAUAAGGAGCUUGCAUGUUUACAGAUUGAAGGAUGGGAAGGAAAAGGAAGUUGAGAGGGAGUUUGUUUUCUCUGUGGAUGGUCCAUAUGUUGAAAUGAAAGCAGACCCAAUUCUUAGAUUGAGGAGAUUUCCGGUUUUGGAGCUCUUUGAAGGGCAAGUGAUUGGUUUGUGGCAUUGCAUAUUUGCAUUUCAUGCCAAUAAUCCUCCUCAUUUGAGCGACAGUCCUUUUCUACUCUCAGUUUCCAGAAAUCCCAAGCUGAAGUCAAUUCCAACACUGGCCAAAGAUAUCUGUUUCAUUUUGAAGUUGAGCUGCAAAACAGACAAUGAAGAGCCAUCAGAGUUUUCAUCCAAAGUAAUGCGUGAAGUGAACAGAGAUAAUCACCAUCAGUCAAAGAAAAGUCUGCCUGUAUUGGAUCAGGAUCUUAACUGUCUUCCUUCUUCGGUUUCUCCAUCUAAAUUAUCAAAGAGCGAACAUAUUGAACUGAGUGCUGCAGGAUUUCUGUUAUUGAUCAUCAUGGCUUACCAACUGGAAAAUUGCAGGUGCUAUGGAAAAGAAGAAAAAAGAGCAGCCAGUGAAGACAUUUCUAGAAUUGCUUUAGAAGAUGUUGUCAAAUACUUUGGUCUCCCAAUUGUGGAAGCUUCAAGAAAUUUGAAAGUUGGUCUCACGGUAUUGAAGAGAAAGUGCAGGGAAUUAGGCAUACCUCGCUGGCCGCAUAGGAAGAUCAAAUCCCUUGACAGUCUCAUUAGUAGUCUCCAGGAGGAGGCAGAAAAGAAAAAGCAAGAUAAUGAGGAUGCUGCCAUGGCAGUGGCCAAGAGACGAAGGAUGCUGGAGAGGGAAAAAGAAACUAUAGAGAGGAAGCCAUUCAUGGAAAUACAAAGUGAGACCAAAAGAUUCAGGCAAGAUGUUUUCAAAAGAAGGCACAGAGCUAGAGCUCUUGGAAACCAGGGUGUAUGA